AUGGCCCUCCCAGGGGGGGGGGGGGGUAUUUUGGUUUGGCUAGAUAUACACUUGUGGAUGGCUGCUCGCGAGUACGUGUGUUGCUGCGGGUGUGGUUUUUGUCUGGAGGCUGGGGGGUGUGCCGCCGAGAGCUAUCCAAUUUUUGAUGACGUAAUAUCGGGGGAGCGCAGAAGAGCAUGAAUGGCCCGGUUUACUAUUCUGCCGUAUGGUGAUGUUUUGUGCACGCCCCGAGCGGCAUGUGUGUGUGUGCGUGUGUAAAUUUUUUCUUUUUCCCACAAGAGAUCAUAGUUGUGCCGCACGCCGAGAGCACGCAAACGGCUGGCCCAGCAGCCAACCAAAAGGGCGUGCAUACCCACGAGUGAGAAAGGUCGUUUUUGUGACGAACUGUGCUUUGUUUGCUGUUGUUUUUAUCGGAACGCGCAACACAAGAAAUAAUUGGCUGGGCCUCCUGCCCGUAUCGAGCAAAGUCUCGCAAGGCCGCUCUGUCGUAUGUACGGCGCGGGUCAUUGUUGUGCACUCUAGGUGAUUCUCACCCUCAUUCUCUUGGGUUUUAUCCUACGGGUGUUUUGUUUUAUGUCUCUCCGUCGUUAAUACUGAUCGUGUAAACGCAGCAGGCGUAGUUUUGUUUUUUCAUCUGUAAAUGCUCAAGGCUGCAGCAUAUAACCCAUUUUGGUUGCUUC